AGCAAAUGUGAGAGACAGACACUGCCAUAAUGGGUUUGUUCAAUUCAUACAUCUCCAGCUCCGGUGACUAUUUUUCAGGCACCAUAAUCUUAGCGCUGACAAUGUCCAUUGCUUCCUAUUUCCUCAUCCCUGUCCUCUUGGGUGGUCGCUCCAAAAACUGGAAGAAUGCACCACCCGGCCCCGUCGGUUGGCCCAUCCUCGGCAGCCUUCCACACCUCUCCAAUCGUCUCCAUGAAGAUUUCUUUAACUUGGCCAAGAUCUAUGGUCCGCUUUUCUGUCUAAACCUGGGCGUAAAGCCGGCCAUAGUGGUGUCAUCACCAGAAAUGGCGGCUCAAGUGUUGAAGGAGAAGGAAGGCAUGUUCUCCAGUCGGACCAUAACCGAGACCAUUCGAGUCAUUUCAUAUGAUGCUCAUUCCAUCAUCUUCUCACCCUAUGGUCCGAGGUGGAAGGCCCUUCGUAGGAUCUUGAUAACUGAACUGCUUUCUCCUAAGGCCUUUGAACAAUUCGAGCCACUUCGUACCUCUCAGGUUCAUGGUGUGCUCAAGUAUUUAUACGUGAUCUCAAAGGCCAACACUCAAGUGAAUAUAGCAGAAUAUGCAUUCACAGCAUUGGCCAACCUAGUGAGUAACUUCGUUUGCUCCAAAAACCUUUUCGACAACUCAAAGCCCGAAGGAAGGAAAAUGAAGGAGAGGUUCUGGGAACUGAUAAAGAUGAUCGGCACACCAAACUUUUCGGAUCUCAUCCCGAUUGUUAAACCAUUGGAUCCACAAGGGUUGAAGAGGAACACCAGCAAGGUCUUUUCGCAAUUGGACGCUUUCUACGACAAGUUAAUUGCCGAGAGGAUUGCUGAGAAGGAAAAAGCUCAACUUCACGGCACACCCUACAAGCAGAAAAUGGACAUGCUGGGAGUUCUUUUGAGCUAUGAGAGUAAUGAUAAAGAACAUGGCUUGGAAAAAUUCUCAAGAUCCAUAGUCAAAGGAAUGCUUUCCGAAAUGUUUAUUGCGGGAACAGAGACAACGUCCAGCACUGUGGAGUGGGGCAUGGCGGAGAUCCUAAGGAAUCCUAAAGUGCAUCAGCAACUGGUACAAGAACUGGACCAGGUCAUAGGGAAGGACAGAUUUAUGGUGGAGAGUGACAUCCCGAACCUUCCAUACCUUCAAGCAGCAGUGAAAGAAGUUUUCAGGCUGCACCCCGGUGUUCCACUCAUCAUCCCUCGUCGCACCAACGAGGCAUGCGAGGUAGCCGGCUACCAUAUUCCCAAGCACUGCAUCGUUUACGUGAACGUAUGGGGAAUGGCAAGGGACCCCAAGGUGUGGGAAGACCCUUUAGAGUUCAAGCCUGAGAGGUUCAUCGGGUCAAGCGUGGACGUGAAGGGCCAAGACUUCAACCUGCUGCCGUUUGGGACGGGGAGAAGGUCGUGCGUUGGAUGGCCGCUGGCUCAUCGCAUGGUGCAUUACUACUUGGCAGCUCUGCUGCAUGCCUUCGAUUGGGAGUCGCCUCCGGAUGUCCUGAAUGAUUUGGGGGAGAGAGUGGGGCUUACCAUUCAGAAGGGUAAGAGCUUGCUCAGCACCCCCAAAGCUCGACUGCCGGCCUGUGUUUAUGAGCGUUAGAAGCCAUCCCAGCUACUAGUUGUUAAGUGGUGGGUGGUCUUAGUGUCUAAUGUUGUUUAAUAUGUAUGCUAAGGGACAGGGUUGCCGUAUGAAGGUUUGGUAGCUCUAUGUGUCCAGUUUCAUGUGCCGGAAUGAACGUUCGGUAGCAACCUAUGAUCUAAGUAUCCGUGCCUUAUAGCAAUAAAUUGUGGUGUUUUAUUUUU